CUGCGACUCAUAUUUGGCAUAAGUGUGGGAAAGUGAGCUCGUCUCGUCUUAAUGGCGCAUCAAAAAUCCUGAACCGGUGAAGAUUUAAAGGGAGCUGUUAGUCUUUUGCUCGCUUUCUGCUCUCUGCCAGUAACCUGCGAUGAGUUUGUUCGGCUCAGGCUCCGGUUUUGGUACCGGAGGCACGGGAGUUUUCGGCAGCACCACAACAGACAGUCAUAACCCAAUGAAGGAUGUUGAGGUAACGUCCCCACCAGAUGAUAGCAUAAGCUGCUUGGCCUUCAGCCCUCCAACUAUGCCUGGAAACUUUCUGAUUGGAGGCUCUUGGGCAAAUGAUGUGCGAUGCUGGGAGGUGCAGGAUAACGGCCAGACUGUUCCUAAAGCUCAGCAAAUGCACACAGGGCCAGUGCUGGAUGUCUGCUGGAGUGAUGAUGGAAGCAAGGUCUUCACAGCCUCCUGUGACAAAACUGCCAAGAUGUGGGAUCUAAACAGCAACCAGGCAAUGCAGAUAGCACAACAUGAAGGUCCAAUCAAAACAAUCCACUGGAUAAAAGCCCCAAACUACAGCUGUAUCAUGACUGGCAGUUGGGACAAAACACUGAAGUUCUGGGACACACGCUCUCCAAACCCCAUGAUGUCUUUGCAGAUGCCAGAGAGAUGCUACUGUGCUGAUGUGGUUUAUCCUAUGGCAGUAGUGGCCACUGCAGAGCGAGGCCUAAUCGUAUAUCAGUUGGAGAAUCAGCCAUCAGAGUUCCGGCGUAUAGAUUCACCUCUGAAACAUCAGCACCGUUGUGUGGCCAUCUUUAAGGAUAAACAGAAUAAACCCACUGGCUUUGCGCUGGGCAGCAUUGAGGGGCGAGUGGCCAUUCAUUACAUUAACCCACCCAAUCCAACCAAGGAUAACUUCACCUUCAAGUGCCAUAGAUCCAAUGGAACCAAUACAGCCACACCACAGGAUAUUUAUGCUGUCAAUGCUAUUGCUUUCCAUCCAGUGCAUGGCACACUGGCCACAGUGGGAUCUGAUGGCCGCUUCAGUUUCUGGGAUAAGGAUGCUCGCACCAAGCUGAAAACCUCUGAACAGCUCGACCAGCCAAUCACAGCUUGCUGCUUCAACCACAAUGGAAAUAUCUUCGCCUACAGCUCCAGCUAUGAUUGGUCCAAGGGGCAUGAGUACUACAACCCCCAGAAGAAAAACUACAUCUUUCUGCGGAAUGCGGCUGAGGAACUCAAGCCUCGGAACAAGAAAUGAUCCGUCAAGCUGUCACAUCUCGGAAGACCUGCGUUAGUGUGUAAAUACGGGAGAGAGCGAGAGACUCCUUAUGGCUAACAUCUGGACCAAUGGCGUGGCAUUGCAUACUUUGUAUGGACCAAUCAGGAGGGGCCAUCCGCCCCUAUGAAAUGGUGAUGACAGCUAAUGGCUUUUGAGUCAAACAAACGAAGCCAUGCUUUAGUGUUCUUGGUGUACCUUAUAUUGUUGUUUAUUCUUUUUCUCUUCUUUUUUUACAUUCAUGACUGCAGCUCUUUUUUUUCUUUUUUUUUAUAUUGCUUUCCAAAGAAAAUGACAUUUCCAUCUCUGCUUUGCUGUCACAGCAUGGUGUAGAAUCCAGUCUUGAUUAUGUGAAACCAAUAAAUAAAUCUCUGCAGGACUCUCUCCACA